UACACACCUGAACACAUCACCAUACACACCUGAACACAUCAGCAUACACACCUGAACAUAUCUGAAUACACACAUGAACACAUCAGCAUACACACCUGAACACAUCACCAUACCCACCAUACCCACCUGAACACAUCAGCAUACACACCUGAACACAUCACCAUACCCACCAUACCCACCUGAACACAUCACCCACACCUGAACACAUCAGCAUACACACCUGAACAUAUCUGAAUACACACCUGAACACACUUGAUCACCUGCACAUUGAGACCUCCUCACAGUUAGACCUAAACAACCUGAGACCUCCUCAUAGUGACACCUCGGCAACCUGAGACCUCCUCACAGUGAAACCUCCCCUACCUGAAACAGGAGCCUGAACAAACCUUUCCAUUGGCCAGACUGACACGCCUUGACCUGUGGCUGACCAUACAGGGUUAAUAUGGCCUCGUCCAAUGGUAGUUGUGGUGGUGCUGAGGACCUAAAGGUUUACCAGCACCGUGUGUAUGCUGUGUUCUACAGCGUGAUUCUAGCCCCAGGGCUGCUGGGUAAUGUCCUGGCACUUUGGAUAUUCCAACUCUAUGUCAGAGAGACCAAGAGAGGAGUGUUGUUUAUGAUGAACCUGGCAGUAGCUGACCUUAUGCAGGUCCUGUCCCUGCCUCUCCGUAUCUACUACUACCUGAAUCACACCUGGCCAUUUGGCCAGCCUCUCUGCAUGUUGUGUUUCUACCUGAAGUAUGUCAACAUGUAUGCCUCCGUCUACUUCCUGGUGUGUGUGAGUGUGCGGCGCUGUGAGCUCAUCAUGCAUCCCCUGAGGUACCGCUCCAGCCGACGGCGUGGAGACGUGUGUGUGUGUGCCGUCGGCUGGCUGCUGGUCUGUCUAGGCUGUCUCCCUUUCCCUCUGCUGCGAAACACCAGUCCUCCCCGAAUAACCAAUGACACUCAACCUCAAAGUGGCCGCAAUGACUGCAUCCCUACUUCGUGUGAGACUGGUAGCCAGGACGCUAAUGCGUGUUUCGCUGAGCUCCCCAUGCAGGAGCUGAGCCCUGCGGCCGGCUGGGCUCUAAUGGUGACCGCAGAGCUCUUUGGGUUCAUCGUCCCACUGGCGCUGGUGUUGACUUCUGCUGGUCUGACUGCGGGCAGGCUACGAGAGCACAGAGGUGGCGAGGAAGGGGCGGGGCUGGGGGCACAGGACCACGGGGAGAAGAAAAGGGCAUUGAGGAUGGUGCUCAGCUGUGCUGGAGUUUUCCUGAUCUGUUUUGUGCCAUACCACAUCACCAUGCCGCUGGACUUCCUGGCCAAGGCGGGAGGGCUGGGUAAUUGCAAGGUACGAGAGAUGGUUCUGACAUGGCACCCGGUCACCCUGUGUCUCGCCAGCCUAAACUCUGGUCUGGAUCCUGUUAUGUAUUACUUCACCACAGAUGAGUUCAGAAGGAGAUUCAGCAGGCCAGAGCUACCAGAGAGCUUAUCCCUAGCCCCUAGACUCUCCUUUACUAGUGGCAGUAAGGACGUGCCUCUAACCCCCUGACCCUCAACCCCCUGAACUCUAACCCUCUGACCCUCAGCAGGCUGGAGCCACUAGAGACCUUCAGUUUGACUACAGGACUGUCCUAUAUUUAAACCCUGACCUCUAUAUCCAAUC